UCGGUGCGCGUGCGCCAGCGCCCAGGUGGGAGCUGCUUGGGUCCCGUGACCCCUGGGCUGAGGUGCGGGACGCCCCGGGGCCCCGCACGGGGAGGGGGCUGUGCACCCUGUUGGCAUUGGUCCUGCAGCCUCUGCAGCUUCUUUGCUGGGACUGCGAGAUACCGCCCCCCGCCUGGGCGCCUGCCGUGUGCCAGGCGCCGUGCUGGGCACGGUCCCAUCUCCGCCCCUCACCAGCCCCGCGAGCACCCUAUAAGGACUACCAGGCAACAAUGAAGGUUCUUUUACUGAAAGAUGCUAAGGAAGAUGAUGGUGGCCAGGAUCCAUAUAUCAGGGAAUUAGGAUUACAUGGACUUGAAGCCACUUUGAUUCCUGUUUUAUCAUUUGAGUUUUUGUCUCUUCCCAGUUUCUCUGAGAAGCUGUCUCAUCCUGAAGGUUACGGAGGACUCAUUUUUACCAGCCCCAGAGCAGUGGAAGCAAUGGAGUUGUGUUUGGAGAAAGACAAUAAAACAGAAGUCUGGGAAAAGUCUCUGAAAGAAAAAUGGAAUGCUAAGUCAGUGUAUGUUGUUGGGAACGCUACUGCUUCUCUAGUGAGUAAAAUUGGCCUGGAUACAGAAGGAGAAAAGUGCGGAAAUGCAGAAAAGCUUGCCGAAUAUAUUUGUUCCAGGGAGCCAUCAGCAUUGCCUCUUCUGUUUCCCUGUGGAACCCUCAAGAGAGAAGUCCUGCCGAAAAUGCUCAAGGACAAAGGGAUUCCCAUGGAAAGCAUCACUGUCUAUCAGACGAUUCCGCACCCAGCAAUCCAGGUGAACCUGAGCAGCUACUAUUCCACGCAGGGGGUUCCAGCCAGCAUCACAUUUUUCAGUCCUUCUGGAGUUACGUACAGUCUCAAGCAUAUUCAAGAGUUAUCUGGUGACAGCAUGGAUCAAAUUAAGCUUGCAGCCAUUGGCCCCACCACAGCUCGGGCGCUGGCCGCCCACGGCCUGCCUGUGAGCUGCACUGCGGAGAGCCCCACGCCAGGGGCCCUGGCUGCUGUCGUCAGAAAGGCCCUGCAGCCCCGAGGCUGCUGCUGAAUCAGCCGCCCUGCAGCCGCCCCGCAGCCGCCCGGCAGCCUUGCCCCGGGCAGCUGGGCUCGGGCUGGGCUGGGCUCCUCCCUGUGGGGCCCCUCAGCUUGCUGCUGCCUCCUCGUGGGCCAGGCGUUGGACAAGGGCUCUUCGGAGCUGCCACCAUCAAACUCCUGCCUCAAGCCUGAGUGGAACCAGCUGGGGACCAGGGGCCAGGGCCUGGCCUGGGGCUGGCAUCAGGCCUGCAUGCAUGUGACUGCCCUCCACAGAAGCCAGUUUGGACCCUAACCCAGACACACGCCAGCCCAGGCCCUGCGAGAGCUUUCUGUGCCCAGCAGGAAGGAGA